AUGACGAGAAAACCAGAAGCGAGCACUGCAAUGGCCUCAGAUGCAUCAGAUACUGAUGACUAUGAGUCCUGCAAUUGGUUCCUAAACGUACGACCCCAAGUACUUGUUUCCGAAGUCCACUCACAUCCCUUAACAUCCAAUGAAGGAUAUUUGAUGGAUAACCGUACACAGCGGUUUGUGGAGCGUUAUUUCAAUGCCUUUUAUUUAGUUGAUGUUGGUGGGGAAUUAGAAAAUGAUAUCUGUAUACUAAGGCAUAGCAAUACUGUAUGUGUUAUUGGCCUCGCCUUUGGUCAUCAUAUUUUCAAACGGUGUGUCACAAAUGCGUGUAGUAAAAGAGAUUCGGCAGUGAAUCAUCAAAUCUUGGGAUUGGACUACCAGGUUUCCAAUGGUCUGGAUCGUUUGAAAAAUGAAAUUAGGGGUCGUCGUAAACAUGGAAGUCACAUUUUGAGUAAACCCACGGAUAUACUAGCCUAUGCUGUCUGUGAUCAAGGAGUGAGACAUCCUAUAGUAUGUGGGAUCCAAGGACAUCUUUUAGAAGUAAACAGUAGUCUCGAUAUCAGAAAAAAUCAACCUGACUCUUGUUCUUCUCCACCUGUUCAUAGCUCAGAUAACCCAUGUUCCUCUUUGUCAGCAGUAAGCUUAACUCCUUUGAUAGAUAAAGGGGAUAAGAUUGGAGUUGGCACAUAUGUGUGCAUUAUAAUGCAGAACUCAAGGUCAAAGAAAUCACGAAGUGGUAAAGUGAGUGAUUACUCAUUAUCGAAAACUGAUGGUCCUAAUUCGACUCUUACAUCUCAUGAAGAUGAUUUUCCAGAAUAUAUUGACUAUUCUACUCAAUCAGAUUACACGUCACAAAUUGGUGAUUUUAUUUUAUUCUCCAAAUCUCAAAAAGUGCUCAACUGGAAUGAAUACUUAGACCUUAGAUUAUCCCAUUGUACAUAA